CACUGCCACGCCUGAUAGCUUCACCUUGCUGUUGACUGUUGCCAAUCAUCGAGGGUUAUCCUCACUAAUGACAGCUUUUGUGUUUUUGAGAAGUGUCCCCUCCUUCAGAGUGUGAGGUGGACGGGCUCCCCAGUGGUUACGGAUCCAGGGACUCCAUCCUCAGGCCGGGUGUGAAGAGGGACUGGAAAAGACGAAGACGUGGGCAACUAAGGCGGAUUAGCAGCUGCAGCAGCUGGGAUCCAGGCCACACCAGCGCUGAGGCUGGCAGAGAGAAACAGCAGCCUACGUUUGGACUGAGUGGAGGUGCAGCAAUGCGCUGCUCCACCUUGCUGGGCAUCCUCGUGGGUGUGCUUCUCUACUUGGUGCUGGGAGCUGUGGUGUUCCGCGCCCUGGAGACUCCACGAGAGGAGGGCAAGCACAUGCAGCUGCAGGACACCCGCAGGGAUUUCUUGUUGAACUUCACCUGCGUCAGCCCAGACAACCUACAGACUCUCAUAGAGGAAGUGGUGGAGGCUGUCGGUGCAGGUGUUGAUCCCAACAGCAAUGUCACUUAUGUCAGCCAAUGGGAUCUGGCCAGUGCCUUUUUUUUCUCCGGGACAAUCAUCACAACCAUCGGUUUUGGAAACAUCUCCCCCAAGACAGAAGGAGGGCAGUUGUUCUGCAUUUUCUACGCCCUGGUGGGAAUCCCGAUGUUUGGUUUCCUGCUCGCUGGAGUCGGAGACCAUUUGGGAACUGGGCUGAGGAAAGCUGUUGCCAAAAUAGAGGAUCUCUUCCGGAAAUGGAAAGUUAGUCCGACCAUUGUGCGAGUGAUCUCAGCUGUCCUGUCCAUCCUGCUGGGGUGCCUGCUCUUUGUUGCAGUGCCUAUCCUGGUUUUCCAAAAAGUGGAGCAGUGGACUCUUUUGGAGUCUGCCUACUUUGUAGUUAUUACCCUGACAACAGUGGGGUUUGGAGACUAUGUUGCAGGGGAUUCUGGAAAUGAGGGGAGUGAGCACUGGUAUAAGCCUUUGGUUUGGUUCUGGAUCUUGCUGGGUCUCGCCUACUUUGCAUCUGUCCUGACAAUGAUUGGUAACUGGCUUCGGGUUCUAUCUAAAAAGACCAGAGCUGAGAUGGAGGAACUUCGAGCCCACGCCACUGACUGGACUCAAAACAUCCAGAAUAUGUCAGUGGAUUUUCGCAUUCCAGGAAAAAUUGAUGACCCCUUCAGACGGCGUCGGCGAAAGCGCCGCCACGGCCCUCGCAACCAUAGUCACAGUGUAUCAGCUACCGGGGCCCCUGACCAUGAGGGAAAAGAAGAGCCACGUGAGAGUCAGACAGACUCUGGUUCUUACUCUUCUUCCUCUUCGUCUUCUAACGAAUCAGGAUCUGGAUCAGAAACAGACUCUCAGGCCACUCAGACGGAGCGAGUGCCUGAACCAGAGCCUGAAAAGGAGGAGACUCCUCCUGAUCCCCACCUGUCUCAACCGCUGGACUACUUUGGGGAGAACCUUGCGUUUAUUGAUGAGUCUUCAGACGCUCAGAGUGCUAAACUACACUUAGACCCUCUGCUGGAUAGAACACAACCCAACUCUGCAGGCUCUCGUCAGCCCAAGAGGAGACGCCACCGAAGACCUUUUCCACAGAGAGGCCCCAAAAUCAACAGCUCCAACCCUGACAAGAAGGAGUCCAAUGGAAACCCAAAACCAGUUCCAGAUCUACCACUGAAGCCUUAAAAUUGUUCUGCUAGCACAAGUAUCGACUUGAGAGAUAUGAGAUUUGUUCAUAAUCUGACAGAAGAGUUAUCAGUGCAGCAAUUGAUUUGUGUUUAUGUACUGCUUACUUACAGACACUUAAGACAUGUUGCAGAAGCCUUGUGGUUUGCGUUUAAUGCUCUUAGCAUGCUAUGUGUAUAUGCCUUAAUCAAAGAUGAUGAAGUGAUUUUUAUGCCAAUGUUCCCAUUACUUUCUGAGUAGUUACUGCUCUCUGCUGGGCCAAGACAAAAAUGCACUACCACUCUCUCAACAUGAGGGUUCCCGCCUGUUACUAAUCCAAAUAGUGUAAGAAACAAGGAAAAAAAACCCAUGUGGGCAGAAACUUGCAGCAGCAGAGUGGCGCUCAUGUUGAAGAGAGGCUGCUUUGGUCAUGAGACUCUUGACCCUUGAAUCCUGCCAACAAUUAAACGGGUACCAAACAUCCUCUUCUACAUUUUUGGUAUGUAACAAAAAGUUUUUUAAAAGCUGUGUACAACCAUUAUUUUUGCAUUUUG